GACCGUCCGUUUCCUCACACGCCCUGAAUUCAUUUUCAUCGAAUGUGACGUGAAUCAGAUCUAUCUCUAUCCUGUCGUCUCAACCUUCGAACAAUCCAAAGGCUCUUCUUAUUGAAAAAUGGCAGACACGAAACCCGGGUUGAGAAAGCCAGCUUUCACUAAGGUUGAUCAGCUGCGUCCUGGGACUAGCGGACACAAUGUCACCGUUAAGAUCGUUAGCACCAAGAUGGUGUUACAGAAAGGUCCCGGAGGUGGUCCUCAGGCUCGCCAGAUGCGCAUUUCUGAAUGCGUUGUCGGAGACGAGACUGGGAUUGUUGUCUUCACCGCAAGAAAUGACCAAGUGGACUUAAUGAAAGAAGGAACCACUGUAACUCUACGCAAUGCAAAAAUCGACAUGUAUAAAGGAUCAAUGAGGCUAGCUGUAGACAAGUGGGGUCGCGUUGAAGUCACAGAGCCUGCCAGCUUCAAAGUUAAAGAAGACACCAACAUGUCCCUUAUCGAGUAUGAGCUUGUCAAUGCUGUCGAAUGAGUGACAAAAAUACUCGAAAUACUUCUGUUUUCCCGGCUAGAGAAACUGAUGAUCAGUGUUAAUAAAGGAAGUAAAUCGUAGCUGUUGAUGUUGGCGUUACAGUUAACCUAAUAACUCUAUCUUGCACAAAGCUAUGAAAGACUGAUAAUGCCUCUAUAAAAGUGAAUGCAGGGCUUUGUGGGUUAAGUUGCUUUGAUUUGGG